UAGUUAUCUCCCUUCUUCUUUUGUUAUCACUUCACUUCUUUAAACGAGUUUUAAAGUAUUUCUUAAUUGACUGCUCGUCUCUGAUCAUGUCUUCUUUCGCACCAACAAGCACCGAUAAAAAAUCAAUUAGCUCGGAGAGCUAUGAUAAACCCGAUGCAGUCUUCUUCUCUGGUAUUGAAAAAAUACCAUUCCAACCUGAUGCUGGACCUGCUGAAACUUUGGUGUUUAAACACUACAAUCCAACAAAGAUUGUUUAUGGGAAAACAAUGGAAGAGUGGCUGAGGUUUUCUGUCUGCUUCUGGCACACAUUUCGAGGAACAGGAGCGGAUCCUUUUGGAUUUCCAACCUUAUUCCGACCAUGGGAUGACAACAGCAACACAAUAGCAAAUGCUAAGCGAAGAUUAAGGGCAGCUUUCGAAUUUUUCAGCAAGCUGGGCGUAAAACACUGGUGUUUUCAUGACAGAGACAUUGCACCUGAAGGUUCUAAUUUGGAGGAAACAAAUAAAAACUUAGAUGAGCUAACAGAUCUUGCUCAGGAACUUCAGCAAAAAACCGGUGUGAAGCUGCUCUGGGCUACAUGCAACUUGUUCGCGCAUCCCCGGUAUAUGACUGGUGCAAGCACCAGUCCCAAUGCUCAUGUUUUUGCUUUUGCUGCUGCUCAAGUAAAAAAAGGAUUAGAAAUUGCCAAGAAGCUUGGUGCUGAAAACUUUGUAUUCUGGGGUGGACGAGAAGGAUUCCAGACAUUACUCAACACUAAUAUUCUUGCUGAACUGACACACAUGGCAAAUUUCUUCAAAAUGGCCGUUGCUUACAAGGAAAAGAUUGGCCUAAAAUGCCAGUUUCUUUUGGAGCCUAAACCUAAGGAACCAACUUCACACCAAUAUGAUUAUGAUGCCAUGACUGUGAUAGCAUUUUUGAAGCAUUUUGGAUUGGAAAAACAUUUUAAGCUCAACAUUGAACCAAAUCACACAACAUUAGCCGGACAUUGUUACGAUCAUGAUGUUGCUAUGGCUUCAUCUUUUGGUAUGCUGGGCUCAGUUGAUUCCAACACAGGAUCCCCUGAACUUGGUUGGGAUACAGAUGAAUUUCCAAUGGAUGUUAAAAACACAACGUUUGUUAUGAAAACAGUCUUGCAGCAAGGUGGACUCCAGCCUGGAGGUCUGAACUUUGAUUGUAAAGUACGCCGAGAGUCAACACAUUUGAACGAUAUGUUCAUUUCUCACAUUGGAGCCAUGGAUACAUUUGCUCAAGGUUUAUUAGUGGCUGCCAAAAUUCUGACUGAUGGUGUUAUUCCUGCUGCAGUUAAGGAACGCUACAGUUCUUUCAAUUCUGGGAUUGGUAAAAAAAUCACUGAUGGUAACACAAGUUUUGAGGAAUUGGAAGAAUACAUCAUGUCACAUGGUGAGCCAACAGUCAGCUCUGGACAGCAGGAACAUUACCAAAGCAUGGUGAACCAUUAUUUGAAGAUUCAACAGUAAUAUGUUUCCAUACAAAGCGGAGCAGUUUUUUUCUCCCUGGAAUGCACUUCAAAAACAAGAAAAAAUGUUAAAAAACAAAACAAAAUAGUUUUUGUUUAUCUGUAAGCAAAUCUAAACUUUGUAUGUUGCAGAUACACAGGAAAAGUUAGCAAUAACAAUAUGAAAAUAUACUGAUAAAUAUUUUUUUUUUUUUUUUCAAAAUUUUCCUUGGAAUGUCUUUUGUGUUUAUUAUAAUUUACUGAGUAAUUAGGGCCGCUAAUUGGGUAAAAAUUGUGUCGUUUGCAUUUUCUUGUUUUUUUAUCCUCUCAUUUUCUGUAUUCAAUUUUUAAUAUUUUGACACCAUUUUAAGGGCAGUGGACUGGCAGAAUCAUUAAAGCAUUGGGAAGAAUGUCUUGCAGUGUUUGUUCUGCCUCUUUACAGUCCAAGUUCAAAACCUCAUCAUGAUCAGCUUUGACUUUCAUCUCUGGGGGCAAUAAACAAAAGAGACAGGCUAGUACUGGAGUCUAUGCAAUUGGCUAACUUCUUCAGCUGAAAAUUGCUGACCUUCUGCCUAAAUUAAAAACAAUUAAAUUUUGUGGUUUUGAUGAGUAUAUUCUGAAGCAGUCUUCACGUAUUUUUAUUAAAUAUUUUUGUAAACAUAUGCAUGCCAUUCAUUGACAUUACUAUUCCAAAUGUUUAAAUAUUUUUCAAAUAUAUGAAGUUUUAAUUAUAUAAUAAUAAUAAUAAGAAGAAGAAGAAUAGGUACUUGGGUGUUAAGUAUUGUAGAAGGAGACCCUGUGAGACCUUUGACAACAGGUUGCUGUCUGCUCUUAGAGAAUUAGCUGGAGCAAGUAAAAUCAAGAGCUCUGAGAAGAAAUAUAUUAGUAAUAAUAAUAAUAAUAAUAACAACAACAGCAACAGAUACUGAACUGGAGUUGAUAUUCUGGGUAGUUUAUCCCCCCCCUCCCCACUCCCCAAAUGUAAUAAUGCACACACAGUUGUGGGGAAACUUAUACGGAAUUUCCAGUGCCUUUUAUUAAUAACCAUUCUGUUACCAUAUUUCUGGUGAAAUACACUGCAUUUGUUUCAAUUAAAUUUAGAAAAAUAAUGAAUUUUGUAAAAACACUUAGUCACUAUUAAACUGGUAUUUGAACAUUUAAAUCAACCUAUAAAAAAGUUUUGUAUCAGAUUAACAGGGUUGUUCCAAGCAGGUUGGCAUCAAAAGGGUUGAAACAGUAUUUUAAAAAUAUAUCCCUACUUUGUAUUUUGAUAUUACAAUUAAAAAAGAUAUAAAAAUAAUAAUUUGUUUAUGGUGCUUUGUCUUUUAGAUAAAUAUAUAUUUUUUAUUUGGAAUAAAUAUUUUUAAUUACAAUUUA